CACAAUUUUCACAUCAAAAUCUCCUCUUUUACAUAAUUCUUCAUCUUUUUGCCUCAAAAAUGGCCGGAGGAAAGUCCAAGAGCAAAGCUUCCAAGAAGAAGGUCACUGCCGAGGCUACGUCAUCUGCGGAUCAACCCUUCCCAUAUCUAGACGAAUCCUUCUUGGAGUUUGGAUCGGAAGAGGAGCUCACUCGCUUCAUCACCAACUUUGCCAAACGCCCCAUCUCUCCGCCUAGGGUGCUGCCCGAGUUGUUCCCUCAACAGAAGGGAUACCACGAUCUCGACAACCAACUCAAAGAGUCGGGUUUAUGGCCCUUCGUCUCCAAGAGCCGCACCUCCUUUAAUCCCGCCUAUGUCCGGGCCUUCUACUCAAAUCUCCGCCGGGACGGCGACACCAUCCGCAGCAGCAUCAAUCUCUACGACAUAGAGAUUGAUUUGACUACCUUUGCUCGGGUCGCAGGGCUGCCCACCCGCGGUGAUGACAUCGCGACAUAUGGUGGCGAUGAUUGGAUUCUCAACAACGAGGCGGUGGUCAUCCGAGAGCUUGGAAUCACCAACCUCAUCCGUCACAGCGGUGCACCAACCAUCCACUCAGCCCCGCCGGAAAAGCGUCUUCUACUCUACAUCCUCACCCGGAUUCUUCGCCCCCGGGACAGUAGCCACACAUGUCUCUUCAACGAGGAUCUCAAGGCCGUUCAUGCCAUCACCCAUGGCGCCUCGAUCAAUUGGGCAAAAUACGUCAUGAUUCACAUGGCGGAUUGCGCCUCCACCGCCACCGAGAGGAGUUUGCCAUACGCCUUUCUCGUCAUGGAUCUCAUUGUUGCCUCUGACAUCCACAUCGCCGGCCCGGAUACGAAGAUGACGAAGAUUUGGAUCAUCCAAGACAGCACCUUCCGGAAGAAGUCCAGUGACAGAACUGGCGCAGGACCAAGUCGGCCACCAGCCCCCGCUCCCGCCAUGGCCUCCUUACAGUCUAUAGCCGAUACCCUGAAUCGGCUAACCAUCACCGUGGACGGCAUGGGCCAAUACUUGGAGCGGAUGGAUGGCACGCUGCAACGCCAACACCACGACACUGAGGGCGUUCUUCCGCCCUUUGACAACACCUUCCUAGGCCAAAACUAUGAAGGCGAGGAUGAGGAGGAUAACUCCUAUCCUCUGUCCUCCUCCCCCGACGAGGCCAACUUUGAGGACGCGGUCGAUGGGGAUCCCAUGGAUGUCGAGGACGACGAGGAUGACGAUGACGAUGACAAUGAAAACGAGGACGAGGACGCCGAUGCCUAGACUCUUCCUUUCUUUCCUUUCCCUACUAUGAUUGCAUUUUUUUAUUUCAAUUCCGUUGUAUUCUGCAUUUCCCUUCGUUUAAUGAAUAAAAGUUCACUUUUAAAGUGUACUUUUAAUUCUUUUUGUUAAUGUCAAAAGGGGGAAGAUAUCAAGGUUAUGCAUAAAUUGAGGGGGAAUUU